AUGAGCAAGUGGGAUGCUGCCCAGAUGUUCUUGCUCAGCGCUCGGCCACCCCUCUCCUGGCCAGGGUUUGUGAGCUACUCGUGGUUCGAGGACCAGUUAAGGGUACAGGCACCAACGACCCGCGAGGAGGUCGAGCAGUAUGUCCGAGGGUUCCUCAUGUUUUUGUUGGGCACCACUCUUUUCGCCGACUGGGCGAACACAAUUGGACUCUAUCUACUGAGCACACUGGUGGACGUGACCCGGAUCCGGCGCUAUGAUUGGAAUGGCGCAGGCCUAGCCACAUUGUACGGGUACAUGAGUUCCUCAUCUCGCCGCAGUGGACAUCUGCUAGGAGGCUACUGGCAAGCCUGGGAGUUGUGGGUGUAUGCCUACUUUCCCAGGCUUGCUCCGGAGCCGGAGGUGGAGAUGCCCCUCGUUGUCUCAUAUUCUCAUCGAUACAAUGUGAGGUGCGAGCGGAGGCCGCGGGAGUCUUUCUUGUUCUUCCGCAAAUACUUUGAUACCAUAGCUGUAGCAAAGAUCGCGUGGCAGCCCUGGGCCGUGUUGCCUGAUGCAGUUAGAGACCAGUACAUGGGUGCUUGGGAGACUGCCCGAUUCUGA